GAUCACUGAGUGGAGGAGGUUUUACGAUUUCUGUCGUGUUUCCCUGCACACGUGUGCUCGCCGUUUAUCUUCUUGCGCACCAGCGCCGAUUUCUUUGCCUCGUACUCUUGUGGCUUUCCUUGAGUGCUAUCGUUGCCGUGUUGAACUCGCGAUCGCGGCCAGUACGUUUUCGCAAGACCUUGACUUUGACCUUUUCACUCGUCCGCCGUGGUAGAGUGCAGAUCCUGCCGCGAUCACUAGCCCCUGUGCGUACUAGCAGCCAACGCAACCGCAGUCGUCAUACGCAGGGAAAACUCGUGAUCACGCCAAGGGAAAUCCGUGCCGCGGAUGAAAAGGAAAAUGCAAGAAUAGUAAGAGUGCAAGAUCGUGGAAAGUUAGAUUGCAGGCGAUCGGAGUUGAGUCAGUUGGCGGCGGGGGAGUCUCUUAGGGAAAGUUCUCAAUAUGGUUUCGCGGACUCCUUGCCACGGGGAGGAGUAGGCCUAGGCCUAGUGGUUGGCGCGAUCUUGUGAAUCCGUGGACUGCCGCCGGGCAGCAUUACGUGAUCGCGAUCGACUUUGUUCAUUGCGCUCUCGCGCUGAUAGUGUGGAUAGUUCUUUGUCGUGCGGCGGUCUUUAAUCGGUGAUUAGUGCUGAUUGCGUCACUUGGAGGCCAUAAACAUCUGUGACUAGAUUGUGGCUGAUCGCUAGCAAAAGGAUAGUGCCCUCAUGAAUUCAAACAGGCUCAGGAAGUUGGAGACAGUAUUCAUGGAGUCCAGAGCGAUAUUGGAGCUUUUUAGUGAUUAAUUGGAGUCUUGUUCAGUGAAACCUUUAGUGAAUCAAUUUAUUGGAAACACCAAUUUUCGUUACAUUAGAAGAGUUUAUUCAAUCCAAACAAGUUUCUGUGACGUCAAACGGUAACAGUGCGAAAAGAUCUUGGAUUUAUAUUGGGAAACUUUGUGGAUUCAUUUAAUUUGCACCAGCGGACAGUAUAUGAUAACUCCUUAUGAAGAUACAUAUUUUGUGGUUGUGAACAGAGGAAAAUUCCACAAGUUUGGCUCCUCGGCAAUCUUCUACCAUAUGCAAAGAUAUCCGAAUCAGUACGAUAACGUGGUUUGACUAGUCCUCGCCAUACAAACAGUUCCAAUUUUCAACUUUAUCAACCAAUUGUUGAGGAGAAAAUUCAGCCGAUGUUAUCAGCUGUUGAAAAUUUUGGUCCAGCCGCAGCAGCUACACAUGCAUAUGCGCAUCAUCAUAAUUUCUCAAUUGCUGCAGCUGCUGCAGCCGCUGGCACAGCAGCCGCGGCUGCUGCAGCUGUAAUACCAUCGCAGCAAGCAGCCUUGGAGCAUAGCCAUCAUCAUAUGUUGGCAGCACAUUCAGCAUUGAACAGUGGUGGCUUAUUACUACCGUCUACACAAUUGUCAGCACCACUGCCAGAAGGUACGAAACCAACAAUAACAAGAAGAAAUAUUUCCUUCCACUCCUCAUCUUCCUCAUUAAGUAGUAGAAGUACGCUUAAUAACAUUCUUCCGUCCGGUUCAGUGGCGGUAACUAUGUCCUCUGCAGAGUUCUUAAGACCACAUCCGAAGCCGCUGCGUCACAACGGCUUAGCUGGAGGUAGUGGAAACAAUUCAACUGGGAAUCCCAGCGGUAGUCCCAAUUCCGGUAAUAACACAAAUGGCAGUAGCAAUGGCAUUCCAUUACAUGGGCGUGGUAGCAAAGUUGGUGGGGGCAGCUUAAACUUAGGUAAUGCAGCAUCACCUCGAUCGAAAUACUCAUUGGAUCAGGCGGGACCUGUGAAUUUGGUUACUAGUAAUAAUAAUAGCAACUGUAGCAGUAGCGGCGGUGGAAACUCAUCCACUCCACCAAUGAAGAGUUCACCAUCGGACCAGCAUCCUCCGCCACAUUCACCCAGUGAACGUGAGCGAGAAAUGAUGGCAGGCAUCCUUGCUGCACAAAAAAUGCCUUUUCCAUCGUCUGAAGCUGCAUCUGCUGCAGUUUAUCAAUAUUCAAGAGCGUUGGCUGCAAACCGAUCAUUUUAUACGGAUCCUUCGUACUUCGUGACCUCACAACUUGUUCGGGCCCAACUGCACCCUGAUCGCCAUAUUUACCCAUACCUACAUCCCUCUCCUAGUGCAUAUAGUCCGCCUGGUGCACCACCUCUACUGGGUCCUCCCCCAGCGCCCGCCGUGGCCGCAACACAACUUGUUAGUCCGCACAGUGCUUCCACUCUUUUAAGUAGUAGUCACAAUAGUCCCACGGGUUCGAGCUUAAGCACAACUCAACUGCCAGUAAUGCCAGAACGUCAUCCGCAUGCACCUGCUGCGCCGCCGUCCUUGCAUCUACCCAGCCCUCCACAUCUCCCUCAGCCAUCUGCGAUGGGCGUCGAUCGCCAGCCAGUAUCAUAUCCGAAGGAGAAGGAUUUGAAAAACAUAAGUCAAUUGAACGGAAAAACCAAUAUAAUGUUGGAAAACCAAGCAGGAUUCAAAGUGCCAUCCGGGAAAGAAGGAUCGAUGAAGCAUAGGAUUUUGACACGCCCGCCAUAUGGUGAGAAGGAUGUUGGACGACAUCGAUCACCGAUUUCGGCUGCUGUUUUUAGAAACUCAAGUAAUAUCAACUCACCAACAAAUUUCACAAAAGGUUCCUUGAUUGAGCUGUCGACAGGUGAACUGCGACGCGUCGAAGACAUGAGAACAGAGGACUUUGUGCAAUCGGCCGAACGGAGCCAACAUUUGGAGCUGGCCGACUCAACCGUGGUCAAAAUCACCCCCAAUUCACAUAACGUGACAAUAACCUUUAGCUAUAACAAAAAUCGUUCCAAGGUUGACAUCGACGCUUCCGCAGAGCAUCCAUUUUUCGUAUAUGGUCAAGGAUGGGCAUCAUAUAAUCCAGAGCUUACUUUGAAGACGUAUGGUCUAAAAUGCCAACGUCUUCAAGUAGGCGAUGUUUGCAUUUCGCUUAAGCCGCGUGAAUCUUCAUCGUCGACAUCAUCCUCCUCCUCUUCCAAUUCAUAUCCAUCAACUCCUCAAUCUCCAACAAAUUAUGCAUCGCCAAACCAAUACAAAGAAGAAGUUGGUCCCCAAAAUCUGUCCAGGAAAUCAUCGUCAACCAGUUCAAAUUUGCAAACUACCACAAUUCCAACAACCGCGACAGGUACAACAGUAUCUAGUAGGCUUUCAGGUUCAAUGCUUUCCCAUAUGCCUCCGGCAUCACAUAUUCCUGGUAUUACGUCAUAUGAAAUGCUUCAUGCGUAUGGAACAAGUCCACCAGUGCCAUCGCACAAUUUACAUCGUAUUUCUCCGCCUGCUGCCAUACCACCUCAGCACCAUUCUCAUCACCAACAGCACCAACUUCAACGACAGAAGAUCGAGGGACAUGUGGUUCUUGCACGCAAUCCAAGUGGUCAUCAUUCUUCGCCAUCGCCAACAUCAUCUCCGGCUAAUCGCCCCCCAUCUAAUCAUCAACCUUACUAUCUCGGCACUUCGGUCACUUCAGACAAGUGCAACGGCAGGGAACCACCAACCUCUAGCAGUGGCAAUGCGGAAUGCAACCAGCUAACUCAUAGUGAUCAGCAAGCUGCCAUAGAUGCUUCGACCUCUCGAAAACGCAGAUGGUCUUGGACAAAUUCUCCGCCAAAUUCUAACGACGAAGAACAUGGGCCGUCCCCACCCAAAACCGUUUGUAACACAAAUUGUUAGUUAUGUUUUGAAGAUGUUAUACCAGAGAGUUUGAUGGAGGUAUUUUCAUAACCUUUGCAAUUGGAAAAACAUGGGAGCUUUUGUAGUUAUUUCUAACUCCGCUUUUGGCUCGUAUAAGGUUUCAACUUGAACGUGUCCUCCCUUUAGCGUUUACAGCCGUUGCAAGCAUUCAUACAAUGUGAGCAGGCAUUAUAUUGGAGGCAAAACUACUUUUUAUACCGAAGAUAUAUGUUUUCCGCUUUUACGAAGACAAAUAUAUAAAAAAAAGCGUUGAUAGAGUGAAAGACAAAUGUUUUAAUGGGUUCAUCAUCAUUAAACUCAAAAAGUAUGAACCGUGACCCGUCGUAACAAGAAUUGUAUAUAGAACCAAUUUGUGGCAGAAUUGUACAGAAAAAAUUGUUUUAAUGAAUUAGUAUCGAAUGCUUGGAAAUUGAUUCAAGCAAAUGUUCAACACACGCAAUUGAACUUUUAUCACAAUCCAACAGGUCAGAAAAAAUGUAUCCUUAAUUUAGUUUCAAGCUAGGGCUGUGACUGAACCAUUUUUAACAAAUUUCCAAUGUUUAUUUGGGUCGAUUUCAACCGAGCAUCUAUUUUACUUUUGUUACUCUAACAACGAAGCUGUUCCUUCUACGUUUACCCCCCGAGAAGCAGACAUUUUACAUUUUUUCUGAUUAAUAAAAUUAUACCCACACGUAAGCAGCUCGUUUAUCCAAUAACCAUUAAUUCUACUCCAAAAUAACAAUAGUUCAUACCUAACCCCUAAAACAAUAGAUUCAAAUAAUAGUUUACCAAAAUUGUAAAAAGUGAAAGCAUAACGAAUUAUUAGAGAUGUAUUAAAACAAAACUAUGAAACUUAGCAUACAACAAGAUAGGACUUAAGGCAAAAGAAAAGAAAAAGAGAAGUAAAACCAUCUUUGUGAGAGUAAAAUUAGCGGAGAAAGUGAUUGUGAUCAAAGAAAAAGUAUUAAUUCUUUAUUAGUUCUUUCUUUUUCGUAUUAAAAUCAAAUCUAUCGGCUGGAGGAAGGAAGCGAUAUUGAUUCUAAGAACUCUACCUUCGUUGACUUCUUUUAAAUUUUAUUUUAAAUUCACGAAGAUUCGAAUCCUGCGCGUUGCGAUAUUGACUUUUUCGCGAUUAGCGGCCACGGAUCUUUCAACUUCUUUUUGUGAUCAUUGUAUUUCUUUGAAAUUUUCAAUUGUAUAGUUUUAUUAGCCUUAAUUUAGAAUUUUUAAAGUUCAUGUAGUCGUAAAAUAGAAAUAUAUUUUUAUCUCUAGGAAUACACAUAAAUUGUAUAUAAAAUGAAAUUGAAAAACUUAGAAUACUUUGGUAUAUUUAACAUAUGAUUUGUAUAAAAGAAUAAGAACAAUUAUAAAAUAAACUACGAAUUUCACAUACAAGGCAAAUAUGUGGGAUUGAUUAUGGA